CCUGGAAGCUACCCUGAUUGCCUUCACCUCCUUUCUUGAAGACUGGUGUCUGGGCAGAAGUUAACAGAAGCCUCGUGUAAAUGCCCUAGGGGUGUGCUAUUGGUAGGGGCACAGCCCCCUGUGAUGUGGUCACCACGCUCAGAUUCAUCAGUUUGGGUUGCCUGAGGCCUUGCCGCCCCUCGGACCAUGUUUAACGGGGAGCCUGGUCCGGCCUCGGCCGCAGCCUCCAGGAAUGUGGUCCGGAGCUCCAGCAUCAGUGGUGAGAUCUGUGGCUCCCAGCAGGCUGGGGGUGGGCCCGGGACCACCACAGCCAAGAAGAGGCGCAGCAGCCUUGGGGCCAAGAUGGUGGCCAUCGUGGGCCUGACUCAGUGGAGCAAGAGCACGCUCCAGCUCCCCCAGUCUGAAGGGGCCACCAAGAAGCUGCGCAGCAACAUCCGGCGGAGCACGGAGACAGGCAUCGCCGUGGAAAUGCGGAGUCGGGUCACACGCCAGGGCAGCCGCGAGUCUACCGACGGGAGCACCAACAGCAACAGCUCCGAGGGCACGUUCAUUUUCCCCACCACCCGGCUCGGGGCUGAAAGCCAGUUUAGUGAUUUCCUGGAUGGGCUGGGACCAGCCCAGAUUGUGGGGCGACAGACAUUGGCGACACCACCAAUGGGGGACGUGCACAUUGCUAUCACGGACCGGAGCGGCCAGCUGGAGGUGGAAGUGAUUGAGGCCCGGGGUCUGACCCCCAAACCAGGCUCCAAAUCCCUCCCAGCCACCUAUAUCAAGGUUUACCUGCUUGAGAAUGGAGCCUGCUUGGCCAAAAAGAAGACAAAGGUCGCCAAGAAGACCUGUGACCCCCUAUACCAGCAGGCUCUGCUCUUCGACGAGGGGCCCCAGGGCAAGGUGCUGCAGGUGAUUGUCUGGGGAGACUACGGCCGCAUGGACCACAAAUGUUUCAUGGGCAUGGCCCAGAUCAUGCUGGACGAGCUGGACCUGAGUGCCGUGGUUGCCGGCUGGUACAAACUCUUCCCCACGUCCUCGGUGGCAGACUCUACACUCGGAUCCCUCACCAGGCGCCUGUCCCAGUCCUCCCUGGAGAGUGCCACCAGCCCCUCGUGCUCCUAAGGACCUCAGGAAGAGGCCAGGAUGUAGUGUGGGAAGGGGUGCCUGAUGGCCUCCCCUCCCCUGUACAUAGUCUUCGCGUCUUUCCGGCCCCCUAGCCCUGCUGCAUGCCUGUUGGCUACUGGGCCCGUCCCAGCUGGCAGUGGAGACUGUAGUGUGUGCGUGCGUGUGUGUGUGCGUCUAUGUCUGUGUGUGACCAUGUUGUAUCUGUCUGUUGGUCUGGGUACAGUCAGUCUUGGUGACUACAUGGGCCACAAUCCACAUCUCUCUGUGUCGUGUUGAAAAGAAACCCAAAGGAGUGUUGUGUGGGCACCAAUCCCCCCCGAGUCCAGGGGUGAAAGUGGGCCCCGCCGAUCCGUCCUGCCUGGCCCUGAGCCCCGGGGCAGAGCCCACAUGCCCCCGCCGGGGCCGCCUCCUGGCGGUCCCUGCUUAGUUUUCUGUCUUGUCCUUUGUUCCACCUUGGCUUCUCCCAGCACCGCUGCUCUUUUUUGAGGAAUGUAGUGACCACUGCAGCUGGCCACCCCGAGGCCCCUUGGGGACCCGACGCCCUCCUCCCCACCUGAGCGCCCUAGCAGCUCUUCCCACUGAAUGCAUCUGCAGCAUGUAGCAUGCUCAUCUAGGGCCCUGGCCAGGGGUCUGGGGAGCAGAGGAUGCCGGGGAGCAGAGGGCUUGGAGAUCAUCUUCUCCCUUGGGCCGGAGCCACCUCCUUCCUAUAGGUGAGAUGCUAGGAAGCCUUAGUUCCCAGGGUUGCUGGCCAGGCCCCUUAGAGGGAAGUGCUGGCACCUCCCUUAGUAUUGUCCUUCACCUCCUGUCUUCCUCUGAACCUCCUCACUUCCAACAUGCCAAAGGAGCUCUCCCAGUGGAUCCCAGGAGGUGUAGACUUGGAGGGUCUUGGCGUCCAGGGGGCUGGCCUCAGAGGGGGAUGUUAUCUGCCACAGCAGAUGGUCCCUGGAGGCACCUGUGCCCUCUCCAGGCCCUGGGGGUGGCCCUGUCCCCCUGGGCUCAUCCUGGGCGGGCCUGGUUUGUGGAGGAGGUUCUGGGGGUGGGGCCGCUUACUGGAAUGAGGAGGGCUGGGGCUGACCUGCUCUGGGCCCCUGUUGAGUAUCCUGUCUGACCUUUGGGGAUUAGCUGCACGAGGUUGAUCAUUUGGGUCUCUCUUUGUUUGCUCAUUUCCAGACCAGGGUCCCUGUGUGGGAGCUCAGACUCACUUGGGUUCCAGCCUUCUGGCCCCAUGGACAGCCUGGCUCUGGACUCAGCUAGACUGCUACAGUCACCAGCUCUGUACAAGCAAUACUUUCCCCCUCUGCCCCCCUGCCUCCUUGCGCUCCCCAGCUGUCCUCUGGAGAGUGUCCUGGCCUGCCCUAGGCGCCUCACCUGCCUCUGCUUUCUUUCUACCCUUGUCUGGUUGGAGUUUCCCAAAGCCACUUCCCUGACUUCAUCUGACAGCUGGGCCCUGUGGGCGGGGACCAGGGCCUGGACUCACCCUGUGAGACGGCUGCUCAGAAAUGCCCAAAUCUGUCCUCUUCCUCCUCAGGUCUAGGGCAGAAGGCUAGAGGUUGCCCAGGAGGUGGACACGGUAGCUCUUGGGUCCGUGUC